UAUCCAGGCAGCUGCAGCGGCUUUGCUGGUUCGCUGUUAGCCCCAAACAGCAGCUGAAAGCCAGCUGAGAUGCUGCGGGGAACCACUGACGGAGCGCCGGGCUGGCUGGACUCCAUGUUGAACCUUUUCUGGGGCUAACAUUGAGGCUGAGGCCGGUUCAGCGAACCUGACAGCUCUCCUCGCCUUCAAACAUCAUUUUCUGUUAAACCGAAGUCACUUCCUGGCAGCGGAUGUCUCAUCACCUUCGUCUGAGGUCGGAGGUCAGUUGGACGGGGGAGACGGGUCCUCGGCAGCAGUGAUGCGGGCGUCAGUGGCAGGAUGCAGGAUGAGCGUCGGGGCGCUCCUGAACGGGCUCCUGGUGUCUGUGUUGGCAGCGCUGCUGUGGAAGUACUCCAAACUGAGCGAGCAUGCCACCCUUCUAGAGGAGGAGCUGCACAUGAUGCGCCAAUCCCAGGAGCUUUUGCAGGUUCGCAUCGACUACCACGUGGCACUGCAGGCGCUCCAGGAACACGGCACCCGGAUGAUUUGCACUGGGAAGAUGCACACUGACCGCAUCUGUCGUUUUGACUACCUGUGUUACUGCUCCGAGGCUGAGGAGUUUGUCUUCUUCCACUCCAACUCCUCCAUCAUGUUGCCGAACCUGGGAUCCAGGCGGUUCCAGCCUGCCCUGUUGGACUUGUCCUCAGUGGAGGAUCACAACACACAGUACUUCAACUUUUUGGAGCUCCCAGCUGCUGCUUUGAAGUUCAUGCCGAAGCCCGUGUUCGUACCAGACGUGACAUUGAUCCUGAAUAGGUUUAACCCAGACAACCUAAUGCACGUGUUCCACGAUGACCUGCUUCCAACCUUCUAUACAAUGAAACAGUACUUGGACUUGGAUGACGAGGCCCGUUUGGUCUUCAUGGAGGGCUGGGGUGAAGGUCCGCACUUUGACCUCUACCGACUGCUGAGCACCAAACAGCCACUGCUCAAAGAGCAGCUGAAGAACUUUGGCAAACUCAUGUGUUUUACUAAAUCAUAUGUUGGUUUGUCUAAGAUGACCACCUGGUACCAGUAUGGUUUUGUCCAGCCACAGGGCCCCAAAGCCAAUGUUUUGGUCUCUGGGAAUGAGAUCCGGCAGUUUGCCAAGGUUCUGAUGCAGAAAAUGAACAUCAGCAGGGUGGACAAGGUGGAGAAAGACAGUGGAAGUGCUGAAGAUGAGAAAGAGAAGAAGGAUGAAUACAUUGUUGUGUUUAGUCGCUCAACAACCAGACUGAUACUGAAUGAAGCUGAGCUCAUCAUGGCUCUAGCUCAGGAGUUUCAGAUGAGAGUGGUUACGGUGUCCCUGGAGGAACAGUCUUUUCCGAGCAUUGUCCAGGUGAUUAGCGGCGCAUCAGCGUUGGUUAGCAUGCACGGAGCUCAGCUUAUUACGUCCCUCUUCCUCCCCAGAGGAGCUGCUGUGGUUGAGUUGUUCCCCUUUGCUGUCAACCCGGAGCAGUACACCCCAUAUAAAACCCUGGCCUCCCUCCCAGGCAUGGACCUCCACUACAUCUCCUGGAGGAACACUAUGGAGGAGAACACAGUCACCCACCCGGAGAGAUCCUGGGAACAGGGAGGCAUUGCUCACCUGGUGAAGGAGGAGCAAGAGCGAAUACUGGCUAGUAAAGAUGUCCCACGGCACCUGUGCUGCCGCAACCCAGAGUGGCUCUUCCGAAUCUACCAGGACACACUGGUGGACAUUCCUUCUUUCCUGGAAGCCCUCAGAGAAGGCUUAAAGACAAAGCCCAAUUUGAAGAAGGCAAAGACAGCCAGCGCGGUCCAUCCUGGCCGGGUCAGGGAAGCCCAGUGUCAGACAUCUGUGCAGACCACCAGUGAGGCCAAACUCACAGUGUCCUGGCAGAUCCCGUGGAACCUGAAGUACCUGAAGGUGAGAGAAGUUAAGUACGAGGUGUGGAUCCAGGAGCAGGGGGAGAACACCUACAUGCCUUACAUCCUGCCACAGCAGAACUACACAUUUUCAGAGAACAUUAAGCCCUUCACCACAUACCUGGUGUGGGUCAGGUGCAUCUUCAACAAGAACCUGCUGGGACCUUUUGCAGAUGUUCUUACAUGUAGAACCUAGCACAAACCAGCUCACUGCUGCAACAUUUUCAAACAAGAGUAGAGUCGCGUUUGUUCCAGACAAUCGCAUCCGAAGAGUGAUCUCUCGGGAAAUGAUUGUUUCUACAAUCCAAUAUCAUCCGUUAAACUCUGCUAGGUGACGUUUCCAUGGAGACAGCCAUGUGACAGGUGACGGGGUGGUCAGAACGUGAUGGCAGCAACAGGAACUGAAGAAACAACUGGAAACCAUGUCUGUGUUUCUGAUACAAGACAUUAAAUCACAUUAAUUACGUGCAGAAUGAUUCAGCAGAUGUCUGAACACGGAUUCUUCAGCUUUUACUUUAUGCAACGGAGCUUUUCUGUGGAAGAGAUGGAUCUGAUGGAUUCGGGGUCGUCUCGGAAUCAGGAUUUUGUUUUAAAAGCCUCUUUGCUCAAGAAGAAACAUUUCAGUGUGUAGAAACUGUUACAAUGAUUGAAAUGUUUUAAAAAUAUCUGCAACUCCACGUCAAUGUUAAUUUUUGUUUUACAAAGGAGUGUUUUGGAUUCAUGUUCAUCUGGAAAUGUGGAUGCAAAACCAGGCGGACACCUAAACAUGCAGCUCUGUAAUUCUCACUUAAAAACAAAAAAUAAUUACAAAAUCAAUAAUUUGUUCUGAGACUCUUCUGUUCUGACCUUUAGUGCAGGAACCCCGAGUGAACUUUUGACCUCUGGCUGGCUAAUGGGUCUUGUAAUCGUCCUCUUGGAAAAAUCUAAAUUGGAGUCCUAAAUGUAGGAUUGGUUUAACUCCUCGAUCUUGCAGUGUUAAAGUCAUGAAGAUGCAAAAUUUGAGGCGUGUGUGUGUAGAUGAUCACGGAAAUUUAUUGAACUCGUUGUCCCCGUCAGUCUGUGUAUUACCUCCCCAAUAAUUACUUAAAAGUCUUCACAAAGACUUGUUGGCCUGAUCUGGCCCCCGUGUCAACAGUUUGACACCCCUGUUCAGUACGUGUGUGCUGUUCAUGUGGUUUCGUUUCAGGACUGUUGGAAUCCAGCUUUUGCAGAAUCUGGAAAAAAAACAAAACCGCAUUCUUCAGCAUAAUAUUGACCAAAAGAACCUCACUGUCAUUUUUAUCUCCUGUCAAAUAUGAAGACCGUUGGAUUUUUUUCAUAAUGAUACAAGAACAAAGUUACAUUCACGAACAGGGUAAUUUCAAUAAAAAUGACAAAUGUUAUUUUUCCCUUGAUAUUUUUGCAUUCAUUUACAUAAUGACAAGCUGACUUGUUUCAAACAAUGUCCAAUAAUAAGGUCCAGAAUGAUAGUAAAUAACAGUAUUUUAUCUCAAUGCUUUGAAAAUUUAUGAAAAAAAAUUGUCAUAUGUGUAACGCUUAGGGUGUUACACUUCUGACAUAUUUAAAAUAGCUACUUCGUCUGUCAUAACUUUAUAAAGCAUUGAGAUAAAAUACUAUUUAUCAUCACUCUGGACCUCAAUAUUGGACAUUAUUUGAAACAAGUUGCCUUCUCAUUAUAUAAAAUCCUCCUUACACAGGCACAGAGUCCGUUUUGUAGCCCUUGUGCAAGCAGAAAAUGGGGAGGCCGCCACAGGAUGCUGAAGGGAUGCACCGCCACCAUGGUCUUACACCAUGGUCACCGUGACAUAUGGAACAUGCACCUUAAAAACGUAGAGGAGUCUCCAAGGCUGGAGGACGCACAAAUGACUCACAAGCGAUACAUAAACACUGCACAGAUGACGCCAUGGCUGCCCAAUGAGCGCUGAAUGAACGCACCAGCAUCGGGGCCGACUGCUGUGAUUCUUAUGAAUAAAGUUCAAUUUAUAAAGUGCUGUUAUAAAAUGCAAAAUAAGUUCCUUGUCAGCUGAUGUCCACUAAGUUCAUCAGAAAGUUUUGUGCUUGUUCAAAACUUUUCCUACGGCUGAUGGCUCAUUCUAGGCUAUUGAAAGCUCUGGUGUCAGUUAAACACAAGUGGAUAUGCAGCACAGCUUCAUGUCUUGAAGAAAAAGAUAGCACUUUCUCUCACUCUUGCUCACUCUCUCUCUUUGUCAGCAAGGAGGUAAAGCAGAGUUGUUCGUUGUCCUGGUGCACGAACAGUGAGGAAAUAUGCUUUUAGAACACAGCAAACUCUGCUCAAAUCCAGUAUAUAUGUCUAUAGUGUGGGAAAAUCCUGCUCUGCGCAGAUCUCAGUGGAAAUGUGAUGUCAUCUGUAGCGCCCCAACCUUCCCCUUCAUAUUUCAGUAUUCACUUAGACCCCUGUUACACAGGACGUCAUCCUUUGGCAGUCCAUUGUGCAUCCUAAAAUUUGCCAGGAUGAAGAAGGGAAAAAAUAAAAGUAGCUAUUAUUAAUUACCAACAUAAAGUUGCAGUGUUAAAUUAUGAUCCGGGUCCUUUAACAUUAUCGUUUGAUACUGAGCCAGUUACAGACACUUUGAAAUAUGUAUUUAUCUUUCCUAUUUUCUAUCAUGAACGUCAUUAAAGCUGUGGGUAUUUCUUAAAAGUUUCAUAGUUUUUUAAAAUUAUUAUUAUUUUACCUCUAACACUGUCAUCUUCACACAAACUGUUAAUUGUUCCUUCUUUCAUCUUGUACAUUUCUGCUGCUUAUGAAGAACUGCACUUUUUCAAAUAGUUAUUUUGAAAAUAAUUUAUUUAAAAAAUCCACAGUAAUCUACAGCCUUGGUAUCAGCAGCAAAUGUACUUUAAUAUUUAAUGGAACAUUUUGCACAAAAUUAUUCUGACUUAAAUUUAAGGACUAAGAUUAAAGGACUUUAUGUCAUUAACACUUCAGACACAUGCAGAUGCUCAGAUUUGCUCCAGUGUUAUAAUUUAGAUUUUUUUUUUUUUUUGUGCUGAAUGCAAAACUGUAAACUGAAUUUUAUAAAACCCAUUUUCAUGUGAAACCAGUGAAGUCCAUCGCCUUGUGUCAAAUUAUUUUCAAAUGCUGGAUUUUUUUUUUUUUUUAAUGUGCUUUAUUUUCUUUAGAUGAUUUGUGUAUGUGUGUGUGUUUUAUUUCCCUCAAAUUUUUUUUAUGUUAUUUGCUGAUGAUGUGCUGCUUGUUGGAAGCGACACUGCAGAUGUUUAUUUAUUUUAUUUAUUUCAGAUCCUCUAACUAGCGGUAACG